GAGAGUUAUAAACAGCACGCGUUGUUUAAUACAGACUUCUUUAAACAAUGGCCCCUUCAUUUGAGCCGAAGAGAGGAAUACAAUGAAUAUGGUGGAGUGAGAUAAUAUUAAAGACAACCUCAGGUAGAUGUAAACCCGGUGCGUCAUACUGAUAUCUGUAUCCCAAACCCGGGUCAACGCCAGGGGAUCACUUUAAGGCAGCCGGCAAUAUUUUUGUGAAUUUUGGUUGACCGCGCGAUUAUUCGUUUGACAUAGGAGGGCACUGGUUAGAAAUCAUGUUAAAUUGUGACCUCGUAGAGCGCUAUUUCUAAGCCAGAAGGAGACGUUAGAGAACAGGAGCUGCAAGAGGAGAAGACAUGCAGGGUGUACUGGUACCAUGCGUCGUUUAAUUAACUAGGACUGGAAUAGCACUUGGGUAAACUUUGCUUGGUCAUUGGUGUUGUUUUGCCGGUAUUACUGUCACAGGGAUUGGAGUUUACACAAUAAUACGCACUAUGUGGCUCCGUGUCCUGACCUACAAGUUCAUCUUUCUCUAUGCUGUCUGCUCGGCGUGCCUUCUUUACGGAUGGUUUCAGUUCGCAAAAGGUAAGACAGCAACUGACGGGAACUCAAAUGAUUUCAGUCCAAGGAUCGACGGAAAAUCCCGCAAGAUGGCAGUCCCCUUCCAAGACAAGCCAGGAACAGAGGUCAUUCUCCUCACCUACCAGAGAAGUGGUUCGUCGUUUCUCGGGGAGUUGUUUAAUCAGCAUAAGCGCGCGUUUUAUUUCUUUGAGCCAUUAUGGGGGCUGUAUGGCGUUAUUGACAGCAGAGGGAAUCUGACCAGUCUAAACGGAACGGUCCGGCCUGCUCCAAGGCGUGGCCUGGAAUACCAGUUAGCCGAAGACACCGCCGUCAACUUUCUUAAGUGUCACAUGCAUAAACUGCCGCUAGAAACCAUGGCGUAUUAUAAGCGAAGAGUAGGUUAUAAUGGAUCUCAGAUGGUUGAGAAAGAGUUCCACGACUUCCUUGGCUUCCCAGGUAGACACCGUCUGCUGGACGAAAACGGCUACAUCAAAUGUAUCAACACAACUAACUGGCCCAACGAUAAAAAGUGCGUUCCCCUCCUACAAAAAGGAUGCCUCCAAAGUGAAAUUAGAGCAAUAAAAACUCUCCGACUGCGCAUGUGGCAAGUCGAAAAAAUGCUUCGAGAUAAUCCAAAUCUGAAAAUUAUUCAUCUUGUUCGGGAUCCUCGUGGGGCGCUCAUAUCCCGCUUUCAGGCACAUGAAAUGGAGGCUAAGGUCGAGAUGGAGGCUAGCACGCGCUGCCUUGAUAUCCUGAGGGAUUAUAACGCACGUGUAAAGUUGGACAAAGUGUAUCCAGGUCGCAUCAUGCAGAUAAAAUACGAAGACAUGGCUGCACAACCGAUGGAGACGUCAAAGGCUGUGUAUAAAUUCUUAAAUCUCGAUUUACCCAAGCACGUGGAAAUGUGGCUUUGGAUGGCUACAAAAAUGGGAAUGGCACGGAACGGGAACUUCGGCACCAUGCGGACGAAUUCAAAUGCAACAGCCUGGGCAUGGACUGACAAAAUUCCAUUCCACGUUGCUUUAGAAAUAGACCACAUCUGUAAAGAUGUGUAUGACGUAUUUGGUUACAAACCUUUUGAGUCAAUUGCGUCUCACCGGAAGAUGAAUGACGCCAUUUCCUUAACAGACGACUUUUCUGAAGCGUUCUUGAAAGUUGACACGGAUGCUAAGAGAACACAUCAAAAAUUAGAGGAAUAUCGAAAAGCGUUAGAAAAAAGAGAAAGUAAGCUGCGUGAACAGCCGGCUGAGAUUAAGCCGUUUGUGGUGGAGAGUUUUAUACAGCAGAAAGUGACUGAUAAAAACGGAAAAGUAAUUAGGACAAAACUCGUGCCUUUUAGCAAGUCCUGAUUACGGCGGCAUAGCUUUGUGGACUCCUUUUUAAUUAUGAGUAAAAACCUCCUCCCUCCCCCGAUUUCCUUCGCCCAGUGAUAGCCAAUCUAUAUAAAUUACAUGUAGAUGUUGACCUGUCACCAACGUGAUAAAUGUUCGAAACUAUGCUACAUGGACAAAAUAUACCUUUUCCAUCAAGUCCCGAUAACAAAAGGCAGUCAGGGAAGGAGAGAAGAGGAAAGGACUAAAGACGAUUUUUAGGUUUCCUUGUCGGUUUGCUCAACCGUUUUAGAUAGCUUUUAACAGAGUGUUGGCCCCAUUAGGUAAAGUUCACACACUUUUUCCGGUGAAUCGAAACUGAGGGUCCGUGUAAGAGAAUGUCCUCCCUCCAUUUACUUAUUAUGGUUACGGUAAGCCUGACCAAAGUGGGUAAAAAACUACCUGAACAAAUGAAUGAAAAGCGGACUCUUUAUCACGGGGAACCUUCUGUCACGUUACAUAUAUAUUCUUGAAAAUAUGAAAUAUAUGAAAUUGUAAAUUGUCAAAAUACCUCGUGUCAAAUCUCUAUAAAAACUUGUUUACGAUAACUGAGGUUGGCUUAAAUCAAAGAAAACGGUCGUAAGUAUUCCUAGAUU